AUGGCUUCCAAUACCAGCCUAGUAUCACCUUUGCCGCCCGUCACCCGACACAUCACAGGCCAUAAUGACAACGGGAAAGCAGUGAUCCAUUCCUCGACACCGGCUGAAUGGGAAUCAAUCGAUGAAAGCAAAAUGGCAUUCAACGUUGUUUACACAAACCAAUUCCGUCCUGAUCUCAAUAAUGAUGCGGACAUCAAGACCCACGAGACUUUGACAAAAUCGGACCAGCUGGGCCUUGUGAACCCUGGUGGAAGCGUAUGCCGCAUUGUGGACUUCGCCCCCAACAACCUUGUUGUAGUUCACCGGACGCAAAGUCUCGACUACGGUGUGGUGCUUGAAGGGCAGGUGGAAAUGAUCUUGGAAGAUAGCGAGCCAGUCAUCCUGAACCGAGGGGAUGUUGCGGUACAGCGGGCUACGAUGCAUGGGUGGCGCAACACCAGCGAGACAGAAUGGGCCCGCCUCCUGUUCGUGCUGCAGGAUUGCAAGAAAUUGACGGUGGGCGGGAAGGAACUAGGAGAAGAUCUGGGAAUUGCGGCUGGGGUACUCAAGCCGAGUGGAAAUGAUCAGAACUGA